AAAAUAAACACAAAGGGAGUAUAAGAGAGACAUCUGUUGACCAGCGAAGAGUCAAAGAGACAAAGUGUAACGACCAUUAUGGACUUCUUUGCGACCGUGAUCUUGUCGGUGCUAAUCUUAGCUCUGGUGUGGUUAUUUCGAGUCAAAACCAGUAGGAAGUAUCGUUUGCCUCCAGGACCCUUUCCACUUCCUCUCAUAGGAAACCUGCCAAAUCUGCAAAAAGAUGCACCUUUUAAAAGCUUUCUCAAGUUGAGUGAAACCUAUGGUCCUGUGAUGACAUUGUACCUGGGAUGGGAGCGGACGGUUGUUCUGGUGGGAUAUGACGCAGUGAAGGAGGCUCUGGUGGACCAGGCCGAUGACUUCACAGGCAGAGGGCCACUGCCGUUUCUGGUCAAAGUUACCAAGGGUUACGGUUUGGGGAUCAGUAAUGGAGAGCGCUGGCGUCAACUGCGACGUUUCACACUGACAACGCUGAGAGACUUUGGUAUGGGACGCAAGGGGAUGGAAGAGUGGAUCCAAGAGGAAAGCAAACACUUGAGGCACCGCAUAGACACAUUCAACGGUAAGCCAUUUGACCCUACGUUCUUGUUGAGCCGCACUGUGUCUAAUGUGAUCUGCUGCCUGGUGUUUGGCCAACGCUUCAGUUAUGAAGACAAGAAGUUUCUGCACAUCCUCAACAUUGUAUCUGAGGUUGUAAACUUCAUUAGCAGCCCUAUGGGUCAGAUGUACAACACUUUUCCCUGGCUCAUGGAGCAUCUGCCUGGCCACCAUCACACAGUUUUUAAAAUGAUUGAGGAGAUGAAAGAUUUUGUCAGAAUGAAGAUCCAAGAGCACAAAGAGACACUGGACCCCAGCUCCCCAAGGGACUUCAUUGACAGCUUUCUUAUCCGAAUCAAUCAGGAAAAGGACAUUCCCACAACUGAGUUCCACCAUGACAACUUGGUCCCUACGGUUUUGAAUUUAUUCAUGGCUGGAACAGAAACCACCAGCAGCACCAUCAGAUAUGGCCUCAGUGUGCUGAUCAAAUAUCCCAACAUACAGGAGAAAAUACAGCAAGAGAUUGACUCUGUGAUAGGGCGAGGCUGUUGUCCCAGCAUGGAGAACAGGAAGUCCCUCCCCUUCACAGAUGCAGUCAUUCAUGAGAUUCAGCGCUUUCUGGACAUUGUCCCCUUGAGCCUUCCUCACUACACACUCCAGGACAUCUCUUUCAGGGGUUACACAAUCCCCAAGGAUACUGUGAUUAUUCCCUUGUUGCACUCUGUGCUGAAAGAUGAAAAGGAAUGGGCGACUCCCUGGUCCUUCAACCCCCAGCACUUCCUGGACCAGAAUGACAACUUUAAGAAAAAUCCUGCUUUCCUGCCAUUUGCAGCGGGGAAGAGAGCCUGUGUCGGCGAGUCUCUGGCUCGUAUGGAGCUUUUUAUCUUCCUGGUGUCACUGCUGCAGAAUUUUACCUUUUCCUGCACCGAAGGUCCCGACAGCAUAAACCUCAUUCCAGAGUACAGCAGAUUUGCCAAUGUUCCUCGCAGGUACCAGAUCAUCGCCACGCCGCGGUGAGAAGAGGAGCUCCACUCAGAGAGUCAGUCAUUAUUGAAGCACUCUGAGCCACUCACAAGGAUGAC